AUGAUGCACUACGUUUUCACUCUCUUACCGAUGCUUGCGGCUAUGGGAGCUUCCUCCCCUCUUGUUCCUCGUCAAGAGGACUGGGACGGGACUCAAACCGGUGGCAUCUUUUGCGAAAAAAGACUGAUGCCCAACUGGGGUGACUGUCGCAAUAUCAUGAAUGGCAACGCCUAUUUCGGCGAGGGCAGCAACCCGGAUAUGAGUGUCUGUGUCAUCCCAAGAGAAUGCCGUAUCUGGACACAGGGAAACUGCCGUAUCUCAUUCUGCAACAAUGAGAAUUACGAAGUCUGUGAUUCUGCUUCCAGCUGGGGAUCCAGGGCCCGAGCCAUUGAAGACGGCUGCGACGAGUCCACGGGCGGUUACCAGUCGCCAGCUCCACCCGCAGAUUGGACUGAGGUCGCCAUUAGGCUGAACACAAAUUGGCGCCUCAUGUCUACAGCCACAGCAACCAGCUACAAAGAGAUCACUGUCGAAGAGAACAAGGCUGAGCUUCAAACUCUGAUGGCGGAGAUCGAUAGCCCCGCCGCGGUGUCUGAAGCCAACGGAUUGAAGAACCGGCAAGCGGACAGGUUCUCAGACGUCAUCACGUCCUACAACGUAUACAAGCCAGGAAGCGCGGUCUUCGUAGCCCAAGUCCCCGGAGGUGGCUCAUACACCGUCUCCGAGUCGAAGACACAGACGUUUUCCAUCUCGGCAAGUGCUAGCCUAGGUGCAAGUGCAUGGGAUGCAGUCAGCGCCGAGAUUGGCGUUUCUGCUGGCUAUUCGACAUCCCAGACCAGCAGCACCUCUGUUACUAUCAACAUUGACUGCGGCGGUAGAACCGGUCAGGUCUACUGGCGCCCCUUCUUCGACCAGUAUGAAGGUACUCUCGAGUCAGACGGACGUCGGGUUACUAUUUGGGUUCCUAAGGACACGGAGGCUUCGCGCAUGAACUUCGACUACCAGUGCACUGGUUAA